AUGCUCAGCAAGAGGGGGAGCCCCGCCCAGCCCCGCCCCGCGGGUACCGCAGGCGCUGCCCACCCCAAGAAGCGGGCGGCGCGCAGAGGCUACAAGUGCUGCGGUUGGUGCCUGCCUAGCCUUUGGGUAUUUGGCGAACGCAUCCCAACUCCGGGCACCACGGCGGACGCGGAGCUCACCCGGAAUGGGUUGAUUGAGUCCGUGGGGAACAUCGAUCGCUGCCCGGUGCUUGCGGCGCGCCCUUACAGCACACAGCGCGCGCAGGACGGAUCCCGAGGUCGCCUCCGCUAG